UUAUGUGUAUGGCAUUUGCAUCAGAAUGCUAUUACCAGACUUGGGCAUUGAAACGAGAUCCGACUUUUAAGAAGACAUUCAACUAUUGCUUGUAUAAGUGUGUCACAGUAGUUGAAUUUGAAACCAAUUGGAGAUCAAUGCUGCAACAAUAUGAGCUGAUAGGGGAAGAGUGGUUUACAAAUGUAUACGAUUUGAGAGAAAAAUGGUGCCCUGCGCUAAGCAAAGACUUCUUUUCAGCUGGGAUUUUGUCUUCACAACGAAGUGAAAGCACUAAUCACGCCAUCGGAUUUAGAGCAAACAGAACAACAAGUUUAACUGAUUUCUAUAGAUUGUUCAAAGGUACAAUACAGCGUUGGAGAAGUACAGAAAAGCAAGCUGAAUUCUCUUGUAGUAAAUCGGUUCCAUCCUCGGCUUUACCACUAUCUGGAUUGCUGAAACAUGCAUCAGAAGUUUACACGUUGUCAGUAUUCAGAGACUUUGAGGAGGAAUUUGGAUAUUCAAUUGCAACAACAGCAAAAUUAAUUUGGAAACAAGAAAAUACUGAGUUCUAUGCUGUGUCCAUUGAUGAAGAACCUUGGUCUGCACAGAGAGUAACAUACAUCCACGAGAGCCAAACAGUAUCAUGUACGUGUAAAAACUUUGAAGCUUCGGGAUGGUUGUGCUACCACUGCAUUAGGAUAUUGCACCUUCAUUCGGUUAACCGGAUUCCAGAACAGUACAUCAAAAAGAGGUGGACAAAAUCUGCCAAGUCAUCAGUUUGGAACAAAUUAGAAAAUGAAAAACCAGAAGAGGUGCAGUACACACCUUGGCGCCAAACCAUGGCUAGAAAAUACUACAACCUUAUCUUGAAAAGCCAGUCAAAUGAGGAGACAAGAACCCUUAUGGAGGAUGGUUAUGCCGCUAGUGUGUCUCUGGUUGAUGAACUUCUAGCGUCAUUAAAUGUUUCAAACACUAACGACGCUUCAACCACAUAAACAAGUGCAACAGCAGCACCUGAAACAAGUGCAACAGCAGCACCUGAAACAAAUGCAACAACAGCAUAUGAAACAAA